CGCAAAUGUGUUUUACGCAGUGGCCGAACAGGUUAGGUGACCAUUAAAUAUUUGCGGGCUUUGUGAUAGACGUGAAGGAGAGAGGUAAAGGAGGCAGCGAGGAGAGUGAACGACUUUGUUACUCCGCCCGAAAAUGUGGUGGGAGGGUGCUGAAGGGAAAAUGUGUGAGGGCAUCGGCGAGUUGGGACGCGUCUUUGGAGAGAAAAGGUAGAGGAGAGGGCUCCGCGUAGCUUCAGUGUUUUUUAUUAGUUAAAGCCCUCUCGGAAGGGGAUCCAUCGACUUUUUCGGCGGAGUUUCCAGUCACUGUGAGUCGGCGGAGGAGUCUCAGUGGGUUAGUUUCUUGAUAAUUGGACAUCCUGCCGUCCAUCCAAUGUGCGUAAAGGGGCUCUAUUUCCUCGGCGUCCUGUGUGGACUCGCAGCUUCAGGGGUGCUGCAGGUCAGCGGGAUGCGUAUCUACACAUCUGGGGAGAUGGAGGCAGUAAAUGGGACGGAUGUUCGUCUGAAGUGCACAUUCCAGUCUUCUUCUCCAAUCAACCACAAUACAGUCGUCAUCUCCUGGACCUUCAGACCUCUUAAACCAGGCCGAGAAGAGUCGGUGUUUCACUUCCAGCAGAAAGCAUAUCCCCCUCCGGAGGGAAUUUUCAGGAAGCGUGUCGUUUGGGCUGGCGACAUCAUGGGCCGUGACGCCUCCAUCAUUAUUCAGCAGGUCAAGUUUACCUACAAUGGCACUUACAUCUGCCAGGUGAAGAAUCCGCCGGAUGUUCAUGGAGCGGUCGGAGAGAUUCGACUCCGUGUGGUCACCACAGCUUCUUUUUCCGACCUUGUCCUUCUGGCAUUGGCCAUCGGGGGCGGCAUCGCUGCUGUGGUCAUCCUCCUCAUCAUCAUUUUGUCCUGCAGAAGGUGCAAGAAGAAGAGCCAGAGAGAGCGGGAAGGCAACGAGGAGGCUCCGCGAAAAAAAGAAAGAAAAGACCCCACUGCGUGGUAAGAGCGAGAAAAAGACAUAGGCAGAGGAAGACGGGGAUAGAGAGAGGAACUGAAGAAUUACACACUUCCUCUCUCACUUUCCUUCUAACUCUGGGGUCCGGUUGCUGGUGGUUCUUCUUGAGUUUCGGGGGGCUCUCUGGACACUUCACUUUCACCUUCUUCUCCGACCACAGUCUUUGGAUCCCAAGUCUGGACCAGUUGAUUGGCAGCUGUCAUUAACCAGAGAUAAAUUAAGAAUGUGCCUUUGUGUAGAAAGCUGUGGAUAUGAAGCUCUUAGCCAGACUUCUGUGUAUCUCUUACGUCACCAAGUGCCUUUCUUUUCUGCAGAGAAACAACUUCUUUUUUUUUUUUAUCAUUUGAUCUGUUCCUGUUCAGCUAAACGGGCUUCCAAUCACAUUUCCUGUUUAGAGUAAAUCUUUUUAAGAUGUAGAAGUUGAACAAUGGUGUAUUUCUGCUGUAUACUUCUAUACUAAUACAUGUCGAGCCCCAGCAUAACAGUGCAAACCAAAUGUUGAAUAUAUUAUUUUAACAAACAAUAGAAACUCUGGAACAAUGAAUGAGCAGUUUCUGAGCUUCUAUUGAAACAUCGGUGUAAUGGACAGAUGAUGGGAAACAUUAUGAAACCCAAUACAAAGCUAUUCGAUGAUGUAUCAGCUGUGCAAUCCUCCUCUAAUGUGUUUGUUUUUUUCUUGUCUCAAAGAAGACUCUGGUGUACAAUUCUGUUUGUUUCACUACUGAAGUAUUGCUGUAUUUUUUAAUAGAUUCUUUGGUGUUAUUAAUCCCAUAUUGAGAAAUAAUCAAGGUGCUAUCAAAUAACCAAACCUGAUGCAGAGCACUUGUUGGAAACAGACAUUUAAUUUAGUACUUUUGGAGAAAAAAAACGAAACCAGCACUUAAUUGAAUCGAUCAGCAACUGUGGAAAAUCUCAAAGAAAACCAGCAGCAUCUCGGAUGCUUGAUUGUCUGUUUUGAACAAUGGACUUGUUUUGUCUAUGCAACUUGUUUUUUUUCCGGUGUGUGGGACAUCUUUUCUUUCUCUCUUGGGUUUUCAGAUCUCUCUGCACUGGGCGCUUUAGCUGGUCACUUUUAAAGGUCCUUGUACGCACCAAACUUUAAAGCCAAGCCUCUCAAGGAAAAGCUCACAAUACUGCAUUUGCCGUCAAUUAGAACCUGAUCACAUGCAGAUGUAAACAGCAAUAUUGAUCCAACCUUCGCUCUCAAUUUGGACCAUUUAACCCUAUGUGACGCUAACCUUGUGUCCCUGUUCCUGUGUUUGUGUUGUCUGCCCGUCUUUGUCCUGUCCCCAUUGUCUGUGACUUAUGCACAUGCAUGGCCAUAAAUAAUUCAUGAAUGUGCCAUGUAUUCAUUACCUGGUGUGUGUGUGUGUGUGUGUGUGUGUGUGUGCUACAUUUUUCUUACCGUGUCUGGUGCAUGUCUCCCUGUCCCCUCUAUGUGUGUGUGUGUGUGUGUGUGUCUCAGCCACCCGUCAAGGGCCGUACAUCUUUACAUGUCACAGACGUCCAUAGAGAUUGACAGUUCAGACGGCAUGAUCUCAGAGGCCAGCACCAAAGACCCCAGCUCCUCAGAGUCGGAGGGCCGGAGCACAGACGAAGAGGAUGAAGACGACUCUGACUGAGGAGGUGGGAACAGACAGAGAGGCAGAAAACAGAGGUGUGAUGCCAGUCAGGAAGCUUGCUGGAAUGAUGCCCAGAUGGUACGCAUGAAUUCCACAGAUCAUCCGAGUGGAGACGAGGUGAAAAGAGCCGAGCUGCUGUGUCGAAAAACAAGCACAUUGUUGAAGAAUGGGAGGAAAACUAAGUCAUGUUUUGGUAAAUUUCCGAACAAGAACAAAGAUGAAGGAUUUGAAAGGGAUCAAAAGGGUGGAUUCUUUACUUUUGAGUGAGCCAGGAAAUAUUCAGACGAUGAAAGAAAUGCUGGAUUAAAUCUGCAUGGCGUCCGAUCUUAGAUCCUAGCAGCUGGAUUGGCUAUCCUCCUCAAAGUGAAAAGCACACAUUUGUAUUUAUAACUGUUGUUUGUAGCAUGGACCUUGUAAGGUGUGGAAAGUUGAUACACAAUCAGCUGAAACAUGCAACUGAAAGAAGGAGACGUUUUCUGCCAUGAUGAGCCAUAUUAAUACCUUCAAGCCUGGUUUAUACUUCUGCCUGAAUCUACACUGCAGCUACGUUGUAGUGGCCUAUACUUUUGUGAGCACUACUUACUUGUGCCUUGGUGUGUAUGCGUAGCUCUGCAAUAAUCCUCCUACAAACGCUAGUUGGCAGUCUGAUUUCUAUAUCGCUAGUUGUCGGUUACAACACAUUCUCUGCUUGUUUGUGAGCAGGAAACCAUGGCCACUAAAACCAAGCGUAUUAUGUUGGAUUUGGAGAUGAUACAUUGAGCAGCAGUUUACUGUACUAGCUUGUAGCGUGCUUCCUAUUGCAGAAUUUUUAAAAUGGCAGUGAUACCAGAAAUGUUGUGAAUGCAGAUCAUACAAUGCCAUACUGUGGUCCAAUCACAUGGCUUGGGGUUGCAUCGUUUUGACUUGUAGUUACAUUUUAGAAGGAGAUACACAUCAGGCAGGGAGUUCAAAACCCUGCAGUUCGUCGAGUGUCCACUUGAGACCGACUCCAGGAACACCAGUAGUCACAUACACACCACAGGCAAACAAG